AUGCCCAAUACUGAAGAUAGUGGGCUUACAAUCAAAUUCAUCAGGCAAAUGCUACAUGCAGGCCUUUCUUCCCAUUAUCCAAGAGCCUGUAAACAGAUGGAGCCAGAAAGACGAUCAUCAGCCAGCGGUGGCGCCAGUGGUGGUGGUCAGUGGCAGAGGGGAUGGGGGAAAUUCUCCUCGUUGGAUAGAUCUACACCCCCGUCGUCUGGCCUAGCCUAUCUUUUCUUCAAAUGUUUUGGACUGACGUCCGUCCAUUGCUUGAACCAGGCAGAAAUCGAAGCUUUCGAAGCUAGUGCCAGUAUUGAACAGAACACCGGGGUCGCUGGCUUUGUCGAAAUAGUGUCGACUGAUGCUGAACAUACUAUAAAUAGUAACGGUGUACCAGACCACGACACACCCGAUUACCCAACUCAACACAACCCAAAUGACAUCGCUGUACAAGACUAUACAUUUACAUUUCCCAUCAAUCCUACGUUUGCUGAAGAAGCAAAAGAUCUUCCAAUGGGCGCUAUCGGUAAUUACAUAUAUGCCCGCCAUCCAGAUUCUUUCGGUGUUUAUCAUUACCACAAGAUGCCAUCAAGCUGCGUGUUCACUGUUGAAGAGGGCGUCCCGUCGGGCAUCGUCGGUGUCGCUCGUGACGGAUUCCCGAUCUACGGUCCGAUCGACGAAGACGGCACCCGGUUGACAUCGGAUGAUUUGGAUGAUUGCCACGGUAAAAUGUCUUCAAGUGGAGAGUAUCGCUACCACACCAAUGACGACUUUCCGUAUAUUCUUGGCUGUUUCAAAGGAACCGUCGAGGUUAAUCAGAGACCCCCUGGCGGAAGGGAAAUGAAUCCUGGAAUGAAUCCCGAUGGUGGAGGGCGCAAUCCGACGACGGUGUCACCAAAUGGAGGCUCACAAACAUCGCCAUCCAAAACGUUUAUGUUAUUUGCUAUGCUGUGCUUUUUUCUUAAUAUUUUGUAAAAAUAUUCUAAAACCGGCUGCGGCAUUACAGAUACUGUACAUUGCAAUAAUAAUACAGGUAGGCCUACUGCGAAUAGUUGAUUCUUUCAGAUAUUGAAAAUUAGUUAUAGAACUACACUAAAAUUAUAAUGAUCUCUAUAAUAGCUAAUACAGUAUUUGCUGAAUUUCUCAAUAAUACUUAGUAAAUGCAACCAAAGAAAACCAAAAUGAAAAGAGUAAGGUAUGACGUGGGUUUGAUAUUUGAAUCAUGGACCUAUUAAUAAGAUCUUAUUAAUAGGUCCUUACUUGAAUAGCGAAUUAACCCGUACCUUGACAAGAACAGUUGACACUCGCUUCUGGAUAACAUUUCCACAAAAUUAAACCAAUGACGAUAAUGUGUAAUUCAAUGCUGAUUUAGUUUAUUAAAAAUAUAUUGCAAUAUAUUUCUCAUCCUUAUUUUUUUUAAUCAAAUAAUUAUUCGGAUUGAUUAUAAUUUAUUUAUUAUUUAUUUCGACAUUUUGACAUUGCGCUCUACGAGGAACGGAGCGCCUUACAUAACUUACAUUUCAAAAACAAACAGCUUUUAAUCAGAUGGAGGCUUAAAGUCAGGCUCCGGAGAAAAAAAAAAUUGAUAUGUUGUAGCACUGAUUUUUCUAAGAUAGAAAAAAGUUGUCUGAUGAAAAACUGGAGAACGGUGAAUGAGAUAACAGAUUUUUGAAUAUUUAAAAACUGGGGGAAAAGGGGCGUAACUGCCCCUUUUUUACACCUUUUUCCCCAUGUUUUUCUCCGGAGUCCGACUUUAAGCAUAUUAGGUACUUCCAGCAAUCAGUGGCGUAGCAGCUAUGAGCUCUCACUGGCCAGGCCACAACCAUGGUCCACAGACUCUAAAUGACCCUGGGAGUAUAUUCAUCAACAUUUUCCCUCACAUCGGCUGGCCGGCUCAAGAAGAACGUAUAAAAAAAUAAUCAAAAUACGCCCUUAAAAGCGGCCGUGGUAACCCAGUAAGUUUACAUUUAAAAAUUGAAUUUUUCAUUUAAAAGAACCAAAGCGCAUGACGUCGGUAUUUUUUACGUUGCAAUUCACAUAAUAUUUUCAAUCUUUAAGUUAUUAGCUUCCACGCCGCUUGUUGUACAACAUAUCAAACACUUUUCCAUCCGGAGUCUCUGGCUUUGAAUGGACCUUUCCGCUAAGCCCCGCCCCUUAGAUAUUGUUUCCAAGGUCCUAGACAAUAAUAGCGUAGUUAGACACGUUCGUUUGUGGGACUACUGCGUAUGCAGUACACGUGAUCCCUGGACUUAAGUUCUGAUUGGUCAAUUGUUAAGUUUGAUUGACACUCCGGAAAGGUCUAUAAGCACAAGCAGAGGCACGAAGAGUUUAUUUGUACUGGAGAAAAAUGCACCCCCUUGACGUUGGACGUCACAAGACUAAACUAAAUCUAGGUCUUUCUUCUCGAAUUAAUCCCAGGCUCUGGGAGGAAACAACUUUAUUUAUGUAUACGUACAAAUAAAUUUUCUAAGACACUAAAGGUGACGGCUAAUAAGACACAGACUCAAAUUAUAUUAAAAACCUAAUUGGGUGGGGGAGUGUCUUUUUCGUUCGGAAUCUUGCUUUAAACAAAAACAAAUUCCCAAGCAUAAUCCACUCAACGUGUAGAAAAACUAGGGUAGGUUUUUUCUGACAUACAGACCCUCAUUUUUAAAGUUAGGUGCUAGGGAACACAACAAAGAUUUUCCCCUUCUAUAUACAUUAUUAUUAUUAUUGUUGUAUCAACACCACAGGG